AUGGGCAGAGACGGACUCGGAGAGGAGGCCUUCAGUCCAGCUGCGCCGAGAGUCCACAGCCAUCCCUGCGCGUUUUCUGCCGGGUCCGUGAGGAGCCCGAUUCUCGGAGUUCCUUCGGCCUCUCGUCGCUCCGUCACGUCUCGCUCUCCUUCCUCCGAAGCCAUCUCAGCGUCUGUCUCUCGCGACCGGGGCCUAGGGGAAAGCGUCUCUCAACGCGCCGGCGAUAUUCCGAUUUUUUUCCGUUCUCGCUCGCUGCGUGCACCGCCGGUGAAGCCGAUGGCGGCCGACUGGACUGACGCGGAACUCCUCGCGGCCGCCGCGCACGCGGCACGCCAGGACUUCCUUGGAGCCCAACGCGCCCGCGGCGCAGGAGACACCUGGUCGGCCCCGCGCACAGGCCGUGGAGAGGGUCUGGGAGACAUCGGCGCGGCGGGAUCAGCGCGAGGAAGCGUGGCCAGCCCUCGGCCUGCAGAGCAAGGCGCGGCGGGGGAAGACUGCAGGCAAGAGGCGGUCCGUCGCGGAGGCGUUCCUUUUCUUCUCGUCAGGAAUCAGCUGAUUCGCCUCCUCGACGAUCUGGGCUGCGGCCUGCAGUCAGAGCGCGGCCUCCAGGUGUACAGGCUCCUCCUGCAGCACGUCGUGGACGCGACUGUGGGAGAGGCCGGCCGUGACUUGUUUCUUUUUCCAGAGGACAAUCGGGCGCGAGUCUUCAGACCGCCUUUCGCGCCGGACUCCGACGAGGGCGGAGCCGCGUUGGGAGUCGCGGGCAGCGCCCUGCAGACUUCGUUUCGUAAUUCGCAUUCUGUCGCCAUCUCUUCCCUGGCCUCGGCCCCCGCCUCGUCUUCUCGGGGGCCUUUGGCGCAUCCUAGAGGGAGCGUCUACGAGGCCACUGCCGGCACGUCUGUCGCUCGUUCGGCUUCUUCAGGUGUCGUCGCCUCUGCAGCCUCCUCCUCAGCCUCUUGUUUAGUCGCUCGUGUGGAGGUCUUUGCUGGGAAGAGAAAGGAGCAAGAACAUCGGCGCCUCCUUGCGGUGUUCCGGGAAUGGAAAAAUUCCACGGAUCGCGCGGUGCGUCUCAGAUCGCUGUUUUGGGUCUUCAGAUCCCGUCAGCGUCUCUGGGAGUUGCGGCGCUCACUCUCACUCUGGCGCGCAAAGUCGGUCGAAGCUCGGGACCAGCGAGAAAGCGGAAAGAACGCUGCUGCGGAUCACCAACGUGCCGGGGUGCUCUGCCGACGCGGUUUCCACGCCUGGCGCACCGGCGUCGGGAUUCAGAAAGAAGAAGAAGCAGCUCAAACCGGACAGUGCACCGGUGCGUUGCGGGCCGUCUUCCAGUCGUGGCGCGAGGAGGCGGUCGCGCUGCGCCGAGACGUCGAACGGAAGGGCCAACUGUCGCGCGUCUUCGCCGCGUGGAGAAAGUCGCACCUUGUGCGGCAGGCGAAGAAGAAGGCCCUCGAGGAGCGGCGGCUCUUGGCGCAGGGGGCCUUCGGGGCCCGGCGCAUGCAGGCAGUCUGGACGCACUGGCGAGAGCGUGCUGCGGCGCGCUCCCUCGAGGCCGAGAGGCUCUGCGCGACGCUGGAGCGGUCGCGUCUCCGGCGGGCCUUAGAGGCCCUCCAGGCGGAGACUCACGACCGCCAGGAGCGGCGCGGAGCCGCGGCUGCAGCCGCCGAGGAGACAGUUCGCGAGCGCCUGCUCGCCCGCGUGUUUCGGGGCUGGCAGAAGGCCACAAUUCUCCGCCGGCCACCCUUCGCCGCCUCCCACUCGCAGUUUUCCGCGCCACAAGUCGUGUGUCUCCUCAAGGCCGUGAGUGCGUUGCGGCCCGAAGCAGGAGGGGGAGACGCGGGCCACGCCCGGAGCGUCGGCGAGGCUCUGCUCGACGCCGCUGCCGCGCGGAAGAGGCGCGCGUGCACGCGAGACGGGGAAGGGAGAAGAAAAAGAGAGGGCGAGGAUGCGGAGGCAGGAGGCAAAACCGAAGUUGAGUUGAAGGACGCCGCACUCCUCACACUCAUUCCGCUACACGGUGUUGACCUGCACCUGCCGAAACUGACCGCGGCGGGGCCUCUCAUGGCCCAGUGUCUGAGGCAGCACUAUCAACGCCACGCCUUCCUCCAGUGGCGAUCUUUCGUUCUGCGCCAGAGACACUUCCGCGAAGGGGUGCGAGUCGCGCGCGUGGCGAGGGCCUUUCGGGCGUGGCGACAGGUGGUCCAGCGCACCAAGAACGACGACGCCAAGCGCGGCGCGGUCGCGGUGCUAAGCGAAAAGCGGAUUCUGAAAGAGGCCUGGCAGGCUUGGCGCAUGCGAUGGAGACGGUACGUGCUCUUCCGCACGCAGUGUCGGAAUCUCCAGGACUUGCGUCUCUUCCACCUCAAGGCUCUCGCUUUCCGGAGUUGGGGGCGUUUCCACUCCGCGCGGCAGCGCGAGACACAGCGCAUCGCCGCCGUCAAGGCGCGGCACGCGGCGGUUCUUCAGCAGGCCGCGCUGAAGAGUUGGAAGGAGGCGUGGCACUUAAGGCGGCGCCGGCGAGCGAUGGAGGAGGCAGCGGGACUUCUCCGCGAGAAGACGCUCCUCGCAAAGGGUUUGCGAGGCCUGAAGCGCCAGCGAACCUCCUCCCGCACGCUUCGAGCAGCCGCCGCAGCCCUCAAACAGGAGCGGCUGGGUCUUUCCCUCGCUGUCUGGUGGCGCUGGGGGGCUCGCCGAGGCGCGUUUCAGGAACUGUGUGCGCUCCAGAGGGAGAAGGGCAGCCGUCGGAGACUGCAGCGACUCUUUCGCGCAUGGCGGCAGCUGUCCGAGUGCAUGCAGAAGCGCAGAGACGCCGCGCGUCGCCUCGCAGCCGCGAUCGACCGGGCGCGGCUUCGCCAGGGCCUCCGCGCUUGGCGCGCCAUGAACAUGCAGCAAACAAGGAGGGAAGACGCCGCGGAUCGCCUCCAGCGAACCGUCAACGCUGUGCUGGUUAGGUCGGCCUGGGCCACGUGGGUUCGGGCCCAGACGCUCGCAUGCAGGGAAGAGGAAAUGAAGAAAAAUAUAGAGAGAAAAACCCUGCACAACUUCGUCAAACGGUGGCAGGCAGCCGCCACAGAACAUGCAACUGUGCAGCUCCAUCUUCGCGGGCAGUUGCUUUGCUCGCGCCUCUCGCGGCUGCUGCAUCGGUGGCAGCGCCUGGCGACUCUCUCUCGGCUCGGCCUCCUUCAGAAAUCUCGCUCGCGGCUUUUUCUCCUGCGGCGCUGCCAGCAGGCGUGGCUGACUCGCCUCGCUGAGAAAAACAAAGAGCGGCAGAAGGAGGCCCGCGCCGACUCCCUCUGCCGCGCCUUCCGCCUCCGCACCGUGCAAGGGUGUCUCCUCGCCUGGCGAGAAACCGCGACCGCGGUCGCGGCGCGGCGCCGGAAAGGAGACACCUUUCUGGCGCAUCUCCAGCGGGCGCGCCUGGGUGAGGCCUGGGAGGCGUGGCGGAGCGGGGUUCAGCAGAAGCAAACGAAAAAGCGUCUGCUGCUGAGAGUCGCAGAGAUUCAAGAAAAGUGUCUCGUGGCGCGCGUCCUCGUGGACUGGAGAGACGUGACGGAUGACCUCCGCAAGGAAGAACUCGCGGCGCAGGAACGACGGCAGUCUCUCUUGCGCCGAGCAGUCGGAGCCUGGAAGAUCUGGAGGCGCAGACGCGCCGAGAAGAAGGAAGUGGCGGACAGAGUCAGAGACGUGCUCAACCGGGAAGGCAGUGCAAAGCGAGAAGGCGAGAAACGACGAGGAAAGGAAACCCUUGCUGCCUGGCAUGCAUUGACGGUGAAAAGGGUGGAAGUGAGGUGUGCGUUUUCGCGUGUCGGAAGCGUCGCCGACAGCCUGUCGCUUCGCCGCGGGUUCGCCGCCUGGCGCCUUUGGGCUCGCCAGCUCGCGUGCCUUUCGCGGGCCACAUCGCGCCUCGCCAGCUGGAGAAGAAACUGUCUCCUGAGGGUAUCUUUCGAGGCGCUUCAAGAGCAUCGUGAGCGCGUGAAGGAAAUGGAGCUCGCGAGUCUGUCUCACUUCUCCAUCCUUCGGCAGCAGACGCGCCGCUUGGUGUUUCUCUCCUGGCGAUCACGCUUUCUCGCCUUGCGGCGCGAGGCCGAGGUCGCAGCGCGAAGACGCCACGACGCGGUGAAGGCCGAGACGCAUGCGGCCCUGGCCUGCAAGAGGAAAUGUUUUCUCUCCUGGCUGAAGGCGCUGGCGGCGAAGCUAGAGCUGAGGCAAAGAAUCUUCGUGCUGCUGAAGAAGCGCAGAGAAGCCCUCGAGUCGAAGGUUCUGCGCGGCUGGCGAAAGCUCGUGAAGAAAAAGGAAGACCUGAGAGAAAGUUUAGAACUGUUUUCUGGGUGCCGGCGGUCGCAGUGUCUCCGCCGCGUUUUCUCGGCGCUCUUCGCGACGGUGUCGCGGCAGCGUCUGGUCCGCGCGCGCUUCCUUUUCUUUCUCGGUCUCCUGUCUCCUUCCCCGGACUUCUCCGUCUCUUCAACUCCACCCUCGCCCUCCACGCGCUCGCUCCUGCUCCCUCUGUCUCCGCUCGCGGCCGAGGAAGAAGCCUCUCUCCGUCUCCUGUGGGGCUCCGCGCUCCCUGCGCCGCAAGUCGUCUCCGCGGCGUCUCCGUGUCCGCGGCGCACUGGCGACGCCCAUACUCCCGACGGUGACGAGGAGAGCGCGACAGCAGAUCGGGAGAAAAGGCGCGAAUCGCCCAACGUGCUGGCGGCACUCCCUCUAGUGCCUCGCCUCAUUGUGUGGUCUGCGCAGCCCCACAUGCUGCAUCUGCUUCUUCUCCAGCCGGGGAUUGCCGACACCCUCGCGAGGCAGGCGGCCGCUCGCAGCGGAGAGCCUGUCUUCGCGCGUCUUCCGGCGGCGCGAGCGCGGAGACAGACACGCGAGGGCGAGAGGCCUCAUCAGCGUUUCCCGCUCUUUCUGGAUGAAGCAGCGGCACGCGGCAGAUGCAGCGGGUCGGCGGUGUGGGGUGAAGAGACACUGGAUGGAAGCGGCGGAGACAGGGCCUUUCCUGGUUGGGCCCUUCCGUCUGGGUCAAGGCCCGCGUCCAGCUGGGGCGGCCUCACGCCGUCCACGUGCACCCCACACACGACUCGCACGAAUCUGUCAGUUCCCCUCUCAGGGUACGGUCGAGCGGUGCCGUCGGGCGCCAGGACCCGGGAAGCAGAGCAGGACGACAGCGCGUCGCUGUUCACCGCGAGUUCGCAUUUCCGAACCCACAGUGCGUCCCCGUUCCAUUCGGACGGCAGACAGGAGGCGGUGCGCGGCCGGAGACACCGCAGCGAGACGAAGGGGCGAGAAGAGACAGACGCCGGCGAGGACUUGCUCCUGGCCGACAAAAAGAGCAGCGAGAGCCUCGAGAGGCUGCUGCGCUGUUUCUCCACGGCGGCAAGAAGGGGACCGGGGUUGGCCGAGCACGAAGCUGAAAUGGAAGAGGACGCGUACGCUGUCAGCGUCAGUUGUGUGCGUCCGCAGAACGACCUGCAGGCGCUGCUUCUUGCUCAGGUCAACCGGCCGUUGGAGCGAAAGUCGCAUCGCGUCGCGUCGCUCUUUCUGCCGUCGACUCCGCCGGUGCCCGGGGCUGUCUCUGACGGUUUGGACAGUUCGCAGGAGACCGUGGAGAGCGCGCAGAGUGAGGGGAGCGUCGGGGGGCUGUCUGGACACUCGGAGGAAAGGCGCGCGCCUGCUUCUCCGAGCAAGAACUGGCGCGAAGAGAUCCCCGUCGACCUCCUUGCCUCUGCCUGGAAGUUCGUGCGUCUCCUCCAGGCCGCGCUGCGGGCUUGGAGCCUGCGGGCGCGGAGCCGCAAGGCUCGCUGCCUCCGCGAGGCCGGCUUGGUUGCGGCCUUUGGAGCCAGGAGCCGCGCACGGCUGCUGCGGGUCUGUUGGAACCUCUGGCGAGGCGCGAACGCGCAGCUCGAAGAGCAGACCCGACAGACGACGCGGCGCGUCGCCUGCGGAGUCCAACGCAGGGUGCUGCGUGCCUGGCACGUAUGCGCGACUGUCGAGGCGAGCGUGGCGAUGCGCGCAAAGGCGUUUGCGGAUGCCGCACUUCGAAUCAAAGCGAAAGCGCGGCUCGAGGCCUGGCGGGAAAUCGCGGCGAAGAGAAGGCAGGAACGCGAACAAGUGGAGGCGUGGCGACAGCGCCGAGACCUCGACAGAAAGAAGGAACUGUUCACCCUCUGGACGCACUUGGCGGCAGUCAACCGGGCGGGAGCUCAGCUGUAUGUACACCGGAAGGAGGCGACGCUCUCCCGCGUGUUUGCCACGUGGAAAAGGGAAACGCUGAGGAGCCAAGCGAUCAACAAAAUACAGAUGAUCUUCUCGCGUCCCGGCCUUUUCCUCGGGUUUUCACAGCUUCGCAUUUGGAGCCUGAUGCGGGCCUGCAGCCUCCGCCUCGCGGGCCACUGUCUCGACAGCUGGAAGCAACACACGCAAAGGCGCAAACGCCUCGCCGAGCUCCUCGUCUACAUCCAGACGCUAAACAAGGUGUCUCGUCUUCAGCAGCAUUUUUCGGCCUGGCUCCUGGUCCAGCAGAGACGGCGGCGGCUGUUGCUUCUGCAGCGGACGGCGGAGGCAGCUGCGUUCCUGCUGCCUCUUCACCGCGUCUUCUCGCGUUGGCGAGCGGCUGCCGUGGAGCGACAGGCCGACAGAGACCGCCGGCUCCACCAGUUCGUGGCUCAGCGGCGGGCGCCUUUCCAGCCAGACGCGGGGUCUCUCGGAAGAAGCCGAGACGCGGGCGGAGACAGUCGCGUGCCGGAGAGCCGCUACGCAUAUUGGGCCCGAUGGCGAGUCGAGGAAACGUGGCAAAUCUGGAGGCGACGGUUCAGGCUCAGGACGCUCCUGAGACGGCAGGCCACGCGAUGUGCCCGUUCCUGUUUUGCCGCCCUUCGACAAGCCGUGGAGCGCCGUCGGGCCUUUGAGGCUUUUGAGCACCAGCGCCGCCGCCAUCUUCUCCAGCGCGCGACUGUGGCGUGGCAAGUGUAUGUACAGCGGCGCCUCUUGAAGCAGCAGCGGAUGGCGCACGCCAUUGAGAGAUAUAAUUUGCACACGCUUCGCCAAACCUUCGGCAGGUACCGCUGGAUCCUUCAGCGCCUCCAAUGGGAGCGCGGCGUCAUCGAAGUCUCGCAAGCCAAAGCAAAUCGCCGCAUCUGCCGUAAAGCCCUCCAGGCUCUCUACGCGUACGCGGAAUCACGGGUCUCGGAGCGGCAGCGGUUGGACGACUUUCACGCUGCUCGUGCGUCGCGUCUUCUUCGCCAGCACGUGCAGCAGUGGAUUUUCCUGUACCGCGCGACUCGCCACUCUGCCGCGCUUCUCUGCAAAACGUCCUUCCUUCUCUGGCGGCAGGCCUACAGGCGCAGUCGCGGGGCACAGCUACUCCUCGCCGUGCAGGCGCAAAUAGACGAGAAGCAGAUGCGGCGCGGCCUCGCAUCCUUGAAAGAAGAGAGCGACGCCUUCGAGGAAAUGCGGGCCCUCGGGGAGGAAACACCCUGGCUAAAGGAAGCCCUCGAGGCGAAAAUCGGCGCUGCACGUGACUCCCUCGUCUUCGCUUUGUCGUCGCUCCGGACCUUUGCGGCGCACCGCGUCUCCCGCCGGCGUCAAGCCCGGUUGCUUGCGGCCGCGUUGGGCGCCUGGGCCCGUCUCCAGGAGACGGAGGGCCCAAGGCGCCGCCUCCGACCGUGUCUCCUUCACUGGCGUGGAGCCCUACAGUACCGACUCCACCUGCAGGCUGCUGAAGAGGCCCUGCGUCGCCACGUCGAGUUCCGCCGCCAGCGCCAGGUGUGGGGCGAAUGGAGACACUUGCAGCGCGAAGAGGUGCGCGGGCGGGAACUGCUCGGCCUCGCCGAGACUACCAAGAAAGUCUGGGCCCUGGAAAAGGGCCUUCUUCUGCUCCACGAGCACCGGCUCCAGAGAGAGUGGAUGGCAUGGUGUACCUACAGGGCGGAGGUGUUCAUCACGGAGCAAAGACAAGAGACGGCCCGCGUCUGUGCCCGUGGCUGGCACUUGUGGGCUGUGGCGCGGGGCGAGCUGCGUCGGCGCGGCGCGGCGGCGGAGGAAGUCUCGCGUCGCUCCGCCUUGUCAAUGGCGUUCAACGCGCUGCGACGUCUGUACACGCGGCGGACGACGCUGCGUCACACGGGCGAGUUUCUCGUCGACAAAACGGAACGAAACACCCUGCGAACGGCGUGGCGAGGCUGGAGGAAAGUGCUGAUGGACCUUCUGGCCCUCAAGCCCCGCCUCGAGGCCCUCCUCGCCCGCCAGGCUUUUCAGCGUGUGUGUCUCGCCUGGUCCGGCUGGCGCACAUGGCACCUGACGCGCGAGGAACGCCGCCAGCGCCUCGCGCCGCUCACCGAGAAGGCCCGCGCUGUCCGAGGUUUUCGGCUUAUUUUCGGGUGCUUCCAUGGCUGGGCGGAGCUCGCGGAGGAGCGGUGGAAGCACUGGCUGCAGAAGGAAGGCCUCGUGGAGAAACGCGUGGAGCGGCGACUGAAGAAGGAGACCUUUCGAGCCUGGCUCAUGUGCGCGAGAGAAAUCCACUUCGUCAGAAGCACCAAGGCAGCCGCCGCUAACGCCGCAGCGUUGGCGGUGGCGGGUCCGCGCGUGCGCGCGCUUUCUUCGCCUUCGGGGCCUGUGAGGCGCCGUCGGAGUCGCUCCCCACCCCGAGACGAGAUCUCGCCGCUCUCGUCUCCGUCUACUGCUUCUCGCCGGAGCUCGCAUGCAGAGCGCCGCACGCACGCGACGAAAAGCCGAGACUUGCUGGCUUCUUCCCUCUCUCUCUCGGGGUCGCAGCUCCUCGCCCGAGCCUCUGAGGAAUCGGGGCCCGAAGCAGACGAGCACAGGCACUCUGAAGAAAGCGAGGAAGGGGCGACGCCCAGACCACCGCUGAGACGCGGGCCUUCCCAGGCUUCUUUGUCUCCUCGCCGCGAACGGCUUGGCGAUCCAGGCGCCCGCAGGCAGGGAAGAAUCGUCGGCGCGUCGGGAAACGACGGGAAUGGCGACGUUCGACGGCUGGUCCGGUCCUACGCAGGCCGGUCGCGGAGUGACUCGGAGAAUGCCGAGUCGGAAGUCGAGAGAACGCUGCGCCGGAGAAGCGCGAGCUCGGCAGUCUACGAGACACGGCGAGGAGAAAGCCGUUUCCGGGAGCGAAACGCGAGGCACGUUGAACGAGAAGCCGGCCGCGAUUUCAAAGGUGAAAGCCGCAGGGGAAAGGGCGGAAGAGACCCAGGCGGACGCGGAACGCCCCAACGAAGGCCCGAAGCUCCGUUGGGAGCUGGCCGAAGCACGCCAAGUGGCAACCGUGGCGUCGCCGUGUCAUUCUCACUCGCCUCUUCCUCGCAUCAAGGUGGUCCGAAUGCAGGGACACCGCGAGUGCGUUCUCGCGUUUCGACGUCCUUGUCGGCGUCGUCCUUGUCCGCGUCGUCGCCAUCGCCCACGAGCCGACGCCCCCAUGCAAUGGAGAGAGCCGCAGGCGGGUCUUCUUCUCCGUCCUCCGCGAGCCUUCUGCGCGCCCCGCCCAGGCAGCUGCGUCUCCGGGACCUUCUCUCUGACUCCUCUUCGUCUUCUCUGGCGUCUCGGCAGCAGCGCGUCUCUGCGCAGCCACGGGCGUUGCCAGGCCUGGCGUCUCCGGGAGAUCUGACUGCGGUCGCGGUGUCUCUCCUGGACGGGUUGUCUCGCUCGCGUUCCUCGCUCGCCGAGGCAGCUCGCGCGCUUCUUCUGCGGAGUGGGCGAGACGCGCGGCUCCUGCGGUCACGUUCGUCUUCGGACGAAAGGCGAGGCGAGGGGUCGGCAGCCUCGGGGAGAUCUUCGUCUCUUCCGGGUUCAGGGAGCGGCCCUUCCAGCAGGCUCAGCAGUGGGGGUUCCGAGGCGGGAGAGACGGUGGGAGAAACCCGAGACGAGACAGCCUACAGCGGGUCAAACAGAGGGCAGAGGCAACCCGAAGAGCCAGAGAAGGCCUCGUUCCGUGGAGCGCGAAAGCGCGAAAGAGAGACGGGGAGACAACAGACCGAAGAUGAAGGAGAAGAGGGAAGCGAAGGGCGGUCGGGUGUCGAGGUCGCCGUGGAGAGAAACGUGAAGGAGCGAGUUCGCUCUUUUCCCCGGACGAUUCGAGAGGCGCCGGCUUCGGCCUUCGACCUCCCGGCCUCUCUUUCUUCUCUUUUGACUUCCCUGCAAGGUCGGCUCUCCGCGAGUCCAACAAACAGAGUCAGAAAGACAGAGGCGGGAGCUCGAGACGCGAAUCGACCCAGGCAAGCCGACGCGCGUGGCGGUGACGAAAGAGCAGAAGAACAAGAAGAAGAAGAAGAAGGAAGGGAAGAAGAAAGAGCAGAGGGGCGUCCUUUGGUCGCCGGCCGUCAGUUCGGGAAGGGGUCUGAGCCAGAGGAGCCUAGGCCCGGCGAGAGGAAGAGAGAUCAUCCUUUCUUCUUCUCCUUGAUGUCUCCUCCCUCUUCUCUCGUAGACCAGGAGGACAGAGGGCAGUCAUCGUUUUCUUCUUCUCCCGCGUCUCCGUCUUCAGUUUCGUCGCUUUUCCGCGCACAGCCGCCUGCGUUCCGAACAGUCAGAGAAACACAUCCGUCUCUCGCCGAAAACCGAGAUAAAGUGCAUGCAGGCGCUGGGAGCCCGGCCGUCAGCAGGUCGCCCGCGCCUGCGUCAGAAUUGAAGGGCGCGGAACUCACCGAGAAACUCCGGCGCAUCGUCGAACGUGCAGCGCAUGCAAGUCUCCAGAGACAAGAGGCAGAAGAUGAGAUACAAGGGGAAGAGGAAAUAGGAGAGGACGAAGACACAGAAGAGGCAGACGGUACAACAGAAGAGGAAAGGGUGCAAAGAGGCCAUGAGAGGGAAGACGCACCGCGUCAGCCAUCCAGGACACCGUGGGAGGGAGACCGAGAGGGGGGCGCACUGGGCGCGCUUCCUUGCCCUCUGGAGUCGUCGACUCUCUCCUCGACUUUGCUUCUUUCCGAGCUCGCUCCUCUGCUAGAGGAAGAGGCAGGCGAAUUUGUCGGGGCACACGUGCCGGCGCCGCGCGACGCAGAGCCGGACCGUGCGUCGUGGGGGGUGGGCGAAAACGCGGAAGUGAACGACCCGCCGAGCGACCGAGGAAGAGAAAGUGCAGGCAGUCUCUCAAGUCGCACGUCUGCCUAUCCGUUCCACGCGUUCCCCACUCGUGGGGCUCUGCCGCCGAUCUCCGAGAGCCAGAACGAAACGAGUUCGUCUCUCUCGCCUGAGGCGCCGGGAGCCCUGGAGGCGUCGACGGAUCGGCUAGCUGUCUCCACGCGGUCGGAAGUGGCCGUGGAGCUCGCGGACGACGCCGAAGAGCCAGGCGACACCGAGGCGGAGCUCCGCAAGCUGCUGGCGCGGCUCGAACGUCUUGAGGGGCUGCACAGAUCGGAGGUUCUCAGCGAGGCGCCAGAGGAACGCCAGUCUCUGCUGGAAGUCCCGAAGUCUGCUUUGAAUUUCGAAGCUACUCACGCGGCCGUGCAGCAAAGGCAACGCGACCGGCUCGGGCUCGCCGCGCGCACGCAGUCGCCCUCUCCACCGGUGUCACCCCUCUCUUCGCCGCACGGGCGCGGGAGACACGCCGGAGACAGUCCAGCAACGCCGGAGACUAGUUUAUCUUCUUCCGUCGGGACAGAACAGGCUUUUCGGCGAGAUCCACAUGCAAAUCAGGAAACAGAAAGAAGAGAGGAAAGCCAGCACGGUCAGAGACGCGAAGACGAGAGAGGUACAGCUGAAGAAGACGAGGAUAGGGGUACAGAAGAAGAGGAAGAGGAUCGGGGUACAGAAGAAGACGAAGAGGAUCGGGGUAGAGAAGAAGACGAGAGGGUGAGGGACGCCGGAGAGGAUGACGUGGAGAGAAGCAAGAGGGAAGAGGAGUGGUUAGAGGAGAUAGUAGCAGUGUCGAGGCGAAAAGCCAGGGAAGUGCUGGAGAGAGAACAGAGGGUAGAAAGACAGGGAGACGAAAACAAGGAGACAGCAUCCGUCGCUAGCAGUGAAGAGUUGCUGGAGGAAGCUUGGAAGGAAGCGCGCGAGGAGACCCGAAACGCCCUUCUAGAGAUCCACCGAGAAAUGAAAGGCGUUGCGAUUUUCGCGGGCGAGGAGAGAGAGACAGUAGGCCCUUAA